CCUCCCUCCUCCCUCGUCCCUCGUCCCUCGUCCCUCCGGCCCGCAUGGCUCAGGCGAAGAUCAGCGCCAAAGCCAACGAGGGCCGCUUCUACCGCUCGGCGUCCAUGGCGGACCGCUCCAACCGCCUGCUGGACAGCCUGGACCAGCUGGAGCUCAGAGUUGAAGCUUUGAGGGAUGCAGCAUCAGCUGUAGAACAAGAAAAAGAAAUUCUCCUUGAGAUGAUCCACAGCAUACAGAACAGCCAAGAAAUGAGACAAAUCAGUGAUGGAGAAAGAGAAGAAUUGAAUCUGACUGCAAAUCGUUUGAUGGGGCGAACCCUCACCGUCGAGGUUUCUGUUGAAACAAUUAGAAACCCCCAACAGCAAGAGUCACUCAGGAACGCCACCCUGAUUAUAGAUGAAGUGGUUAAUAAGUUUCUGGAUGAUUUGGAAAAUGCCAAGAGUCAUUUAAUGUCACUGUAUGGUGCAUGUACAUCUGAGGUACCAUCUGGACCCAUUGAUCAGAAAUUUCAGUCUAUUGUCAUUGGCUGUGCCUUGGAAGAUCAGAAGAAAAUUAAAAGGAGGCUAGAGACACUGCUUAGGAAUAUUGAUAACUCUGAUAAAGCCAUCAAAUUAUUGGAGCACUCUAAAGGAGCUGUUCAGAAACUUUACAAUAAACCUGAAUAGAGCAAAUUAUUUAGCUCUGUUUAACUCAGUGGGUGUAUUAUGUAAGCCAAGAUGAAAAAUUGUUAACAGUAAGCAAGAGCUUGUUGUCCUUUUCAGUAUUAGGUAUUCCCAUUUGUUUAACACUGUACUGGUCAGGACUGACAGCUUUUAUUCCUCAAAAGUAGUAAAAAGUAUUCCAAAGUUUACUCUUUUUACCACUAAAAACAUUCACUAUUUUAGAAUUAAUUUUGGGCUGCAGCUUUCCAUAUUUCAAAGAAUCUGAACUCACACUUUGCACUCAGAUGAUUAGGUAUCCGAUUUCCUUUGGCUUUAUUAAGGUUGGAAACAUAUGCAAAAAUAAUAAAGAGCACUAUAUUCCUUGUUA